UUCACACGUUUUUUGAACACUUUUAUACUAAGCCCCACCUAAAUACUCUUGAGAUACCAAGUCCUCUCAAAUUUCUGAGUGAAUUGAGUUCGUGAAUCAAAGGGCCAAUCCCAAAAUAUCCAACUGUGAGCCAUGGGAAAGAGAUCGCAGAGAACCAGCGUGCUGAUGGUCUGCGUGGGCAACCAUUGCCGCUCCCCAAUUGCCGAGGCUGUGAUGCGUGACGUAAUCGAGGGGGCGGGACUGCAGGGGGAGUGGCACGUGGAGAGCGCAGGGAUCGAAGGAUGGCACUGCGGCUGCAGACCGGAUGAGCGGGUCCUGAAUGUCCUGGCCAGGCACAACAUCGAGUAUUAUAGCAUUGCGAGAGUUCUGACUCCCGAGGAUUUCCUCAAGUUUGACUAUAUCUUCGGUAUGGACCGCAGCAAUCUGGCCGCCCUCAAGCGAAUGGCUCCAGAUUAUGCCAAGGCAAAGGUGCUACUUUUGGGGGACUUCGGACUGAAGCCAGAUGAACGCAUCAUUGAAGAUCCCUAUUAUAAUAUUGGCGAAGCACCGUUCGAGACAAUUUACCAGCAAUGCAAAAUUGCAUGCCAGAAUUUCCUGAAGCAAGCUCGCCUGAAGCAGAUUAUUUAA